GAUUCUUGAACUUGGAAGAUGGCCGCCGUUAUGUAUAGAAAUACCGAAGUUGUUACUCAUUAAAUAUAUAGCAUUUUCACCAGUUGGUUGUCCGUGUUUAAUAACCAGACAUCUGUGCUGAAAGUCUGUAUUUCCAAGUACCUGCAGUUCAACCACAAGUUACUGGAUUAAUUGACUUUGACUGGCGGUCAAAUGUUUUAUCUUGAGCUUGAGCCCUGCAAUUUAAUGUCCUAAUUUCACGCUGAGAAUAUUCCCAAGAAGCAGUAUGCAGUUAUAAGGAAUAUCAAACAUGGAUCCGUUAGAACUAUACACAAAGGAUACAAAAGUAUGGAUACCAGACGCAGAGCAAGUUUGGAUUGGUGGGAUAAUAACUAGUGACCCAACUGAAAAUAAAUUGGACAUUUUGCUUGAAGAUGGAAGGGAGGUAGCAGUGAAUGUUUCAUCUGACAUCAAAAGCCUUCCACCUUUACGAAAUCCUGAGAUUCUCAUUGGUGCCAAUGACCUCACUACCCUCAGCUAUUUACAUGAACCUGCAGUCCUUCAUAAUUUGGAAGAGAGAUUUAUCAAUUCACAAGCAAUCUAUACUUAUUGUGGUAUUGUCUUAGUUGCAAUUAAUCCGUAUGAAGAGCUUCCUCUUUAUGGCCCGGACAUCAUUGCUGCCUACUCCGGACGUCCAAUGGGCGAGAUGGAUCCUCAUAUCUUUGCUGUUGCCGAAGAUGCCUUCAGAAAGAUGGUCGACCAAGAAGAAAACCAGUCGAUUAUAGUAUCCGGAGAAUCAGGUGCUGGUAAGACUGUCAGUGCCAAGUUUGCCAUGAGGUACUUUGCAAAUGUUGGGGGAUCUGUGACGGAGACUGCCAUCGAAAAGAAGGUUCUGGCUUCGAACCCGAUCAUGGAGGCGAUUGGAAAUGCAAAGACAAUUCGAAAUGACAAUAGCUCGAGGUUUGGGAAGUACAUCGAGAUUUCAUUCAACGCCAGCCAUCAUAUCAUUGGUGCCAGCAUGAGGACCUAUCUUUUAGAGAAAUCAAGAGUUGUUUUUCAAGCGCAAGAUGAAAGAAACUACCAUAUAUUCUACCAAAUGUGUGCUAGCCAUGAGGCACCAGAUUUAAUCGAGUUGAAUUUGGGCCCACCCGAAGAUUUCUAUUACACGAACCAAGGAGAGGACGCCUAUAUAGAAAACGUGGACGAUGCAGCUGAUUUCCAGGAAACCAAAGAUGCUAUGGAACUUCUUGGUAUUUACAGCGAAUCGAGGCGCAUGAUGUUCCGGGUUUUGGCAGCCAUAUUGCAUCUUGGGAAUGUGCAGAUCAUUCAAAAUGCCAAAAAAGAAGAUGAAUCGGAGAUUGACAGUGAUGAUUUCCAUCUUCACAUGGUAUCUGGUCUCCUUGGGAUCGACAAAGGGCAACUCAAAAAAUGGUUGUGUAAUCGUAAGAUUGUUGCAACUGGGGAGGUCUACAUUGUGCCUCUCAACACUUCACAAGCUAACGUCGGACGGGAUGCUCUUGCAAAACACAUUUAUGCUCAACUUUUCAAAUGGGUUGUUGAGCAUAUUAACGCCGCAAUGGUGACAACUGUGAAGCCAAAACAAUUCAUUGGAGUUUUGGACAUUUACGGGUUUGAAACUUUUGAAGUCAACAGCUUCGAGCAAUUUUGUAUCAAUUAUGCAAACGAAAAAUUGCAGCAACAAUUUAACAUGCAUGUUUUCAAAUUGGAGCAAGAGGAAUACGUACGUGAAAAAAUUUCAUGGAGUUUCAUCGACUUUUACGACAAUCAGCCUUGCAUUGACUUGAUCGAGGCAAAGCUUGGAGUUCUUGACUUGCUGGAUGAAGAGUGUCGGAUGCCCAAAGGAAGCGACGACUCAUGGGCAAGGAAACUUUACAAACAGCAUCUCGGCAAAUCCCAGCACUUUGCUAAACCGCGCAUGUCUGAUGUAGCAUUUAUCAUUCGCCAUUAUGCAGAUGACGUCAUAUAUGAUUGUGAUGGUUUCGUCAGCAAAAAUAGAGACACUGUUAACGAGGAGCACUUGUCCUUACUAAGAGCCAGCGAGUUCGAGCUUGUGGCAGAACUCUUCCGCACGAACGAUCUCAGUCACUUGUUUUCUCCGCGGAAAAGAACGUCGUCCCGCGUGGGAGCCAAAGCACCAAAGGGAAAAAAGACUGUUGGAUCUGAGUUCCGAGAUUCUCUGUCGAAGUUGAUGCAGACCCUCAACUCAACAUCUCCCCAUUACAUCCGCUGCAUAAAACCCAACGAUUUAAAGGAAGCCUUCGAUUUUGACCCCAAAAGAAGCAUCCAGCAGUUACGGGCGUGCGGCGUACUUGAGACAAUUCGUAUAAGUGCUGCAGGCUAUCCUUCGAGAUGGCUUUAUGAUGAAUUUUUCUAUCGAUAUCGUAUGAUUAUACCAUCGAGUAUGGUAGACUGGGAAAACUAUAAAGACACAUGUAGAGUUAUAUUGGAAAAACACAUACAGGAUCCUGAUAAAUUCCAACUUGGUCUGACAAAGAUCUUCUUCCGUGCUGGCCAGGUGGCCUACUUAGAAAAGAAGCGACUUGAUAUCUUGAAGAAGAGCUGUAUUGUUAUUCAAAAGCAUGUCAAAGGGUGGCUAUGCAGCCGAAAAUACGUAGCUAUGAGAAAGGCCUCAAUUAUUAUUCAAGCCUGGGUACGAGGCUACCUGGCACGAAGAUUAGCUCAUCACAUUCGAGAAACGAAGGCAGCGACUACAAUUCAGCGACGCUGGCGUGGAUGGACGAAAAGGCAGAACUUCUUGCGAAUCCGGUCCGCGGCCAUCACUAUCCAAUGCUUUGUACGAGGUACCAAGGCUAGAAAACUUAGGAUGAAACUGCUCUAUGAAAUGAAGGCACUCACCAUACAGCGAUACUGGAGAGGCUACGUUGGAAGAAAAUUUUAUGUAAAACGUAUAAGGGCCAUUGUACUCUUGCAAUGCUGCGUGCGUAGAAUGUACGCUAGGAGGGAGCUGAAGAAACUCAAGAUUGAAGCCCGAUCUGUUGAUCAUUUGAAGAAAUUAAACAAGGGUAUGGAAAACAAGAUCAUAGAACUGCAGCAAAAAUUUACAGAAGAGGUUAAAGAGAGAAGAAUUCUGGUCGUCAAGGUUGGUGAAUUGGAGUUGAAAGAAAAGGAAUUGCUGGCACUGAGAGAAAUUAAGCCAGAAUACGAAAAGGCGAAAACGAUGAUUGCCACUCUUGAAAAGGAACUUAAUGCUUUACGAGAAAAUAUUGCAGAGUUAAACAAAGAGAAAGAAGCGCUAAAGGCGGAAAUGGAGUUAGAAAAGGAAGAGAAAAAUGAGGAAAUUACUGGUUUGAAAGGAGAGAUCGCACUUCUAAGAACCGCAUUGGAAGAUUCUAAGAAACGUAACGACGAAAUUCGAGCUCAGCACGCAGCUCAAAUCGAAGAAAAACUUGAGGAGCAGAGAGAACAAAUGUUGUCUGAAUUCAACGAAGAACGAGCUUCCCACCAGAAAAUGGUGAAAGAGUUUGCACGGCUUGAGCAAAGAUACACGAAUUUGGAAGAAGAGCUGAAACUGGAGCAGUCGAACCCUAGCAGAAUAGCACUGAACAAAAGCAGCUCUGCUGGAACAGAGGGUGAUAUGAAAGAUGUUGUGUAUCAAGAAGAAGAAGAGAUUCACAAAUUGAAAAUUGAGUUAGCAGAAACCCAGAGAGACAGGGACAUGCUUGCAAACGAAUUGGAACGAAGUCGAGAUGAAAUGAAGGAAGAAAUGUCACUGCCCCUGCCAUCAGCCAACGUGAAUGACUCAGGAGUCGUUGAUGAAGAAACCAUGGAGUUCUUGAGAUCAGAAAAGGCCAGGCUAAUUUCUGAAAAUGAGCAUUUGUUGAAGUCUAAUGUGCAUCUAGCGACGCUGCAGCAGAUUGUAUGGGAAGAAGAAAACGAACAGAACGAUUUGGAUAGUGAACAGGUUAUGAAGAAGUUGAUUGAACAGUUGGAUAACACGAAGCGAGAAAACCAGGAGCUUAACAAGAAACUAUCAAAUGAAUCACCAACUGGAAGAAAGGGUUUCGGGUUUGCAGGAACAGAGACAAAGGCUACUGCAACUUCACCAGUUAAAGAUAACAUACAGAUGGUAUUGAGUCCAGUAGAAGUGCAGUCGUUGAAACAAGCAAACACGAAACUCAAGCAAGAGCUUGAUCAGCUGAGAAAGGAAAAAGAAAAGUUUAAGAGGGAUCUUCUUAAGAUACAGCAAACCAAGGUACCGGAAGCUGCGCAACAAGCCAUUAUUGAGACGACAGUGCAGCUUGAGAUCUCCAGACUUACACAAGAAAACAUUGAUUUGCGUGAAAAAGUCGAGUCAUUGGAGAAGCAAGCCAAGGAAAUCAAAACGAAUGGAGUAGCAUCACCUCCACGAACAAGAACACGGCGCUCAUCCAGUGGCUCAUCUUUGGGGACAACUGGUAUGCGACAAAGAUCAAACACAAUUGGUGUUAAAUAUUCGGAAGAACUGACUGCUGGCAAGUUGGUGAUGACAUAUGCAGGUUUAUUUAGAAAACCUGGACAGGCCGAGUCACCAAGUGAAGAGAAACAGCCAAAGGUGGAAAUCUUAAAAUCAGCCAGAAAGCAAAGAGGAUUCUUAGAAUACAAGCAGGAAAUUGAACCGGAAGUGAUCAACAAACUGAUCAUGGAAUUAGACCCUUCAAGCGUCGAAAAGGAAGUUCCGGGUCUACCAGCCCAUUUGAUCUUUAUGGCUGUAAGGUUUGCUGAUCACAUUAAUGACGAAAGAUGGAUGCAACGUUUGUUAGCAAGUGCAAUCAAGGGAAUUCGUACAACUGUCAAGCGCGGAGAAGGGAACAUGGAACUGCAAGCAUUUUGGUUGACCAACACUUGUCGACUUCUAUAUAACAUGAAACAGUACAGCGGGGAUAAGAAUUUUCAGACACACAAUACUCCGGAACAGAACAGUCAGUGCUUGCAGAAUUUCGAUCUGACCGAGUAUCGUCAAGUUCUCACCGACGUGGCAGUUCAUAUUUACCAACAACUAUUAAAAACAAUCCAGGACAAGAUAUCCGAACUUGUUGUACCUGGUUUACUAGAAUACGAGUCGAUUCCGGGCGUUCUAAGUUCUAAGCCAUUUGGGCGCGGGCCUAAGUCAAGAGGCAAAUCAACGAGUCAUGAAACUGAGGAUAUUAUCACGGUCAAAGACGUCACCAAUAAGCUCUCUGCAAUCCUGGCAGUCCUAAACGCUCAUUGUGUCGAUCUGGUUCUGAUCAAGCAGAUAUUCACACAGAUAAAUUAUUUCAUAUGUGCAAUUAUGUUGAAUAAUGUUCUUCUGCGCAAAGACAUGUGUCACUGGUCACGUGGUAUGCAAAUCAGAUUCAAUUUAACGCAGCUGGAAGAAUGGUGUCGUACUAAUCAGUUAGAAUCGCUUGAAAUCACGAAACCUUUGGAGCCGAUCAAAGAAGCGACGCAGUUGCUGCAAGUUAACAAAAAAUCUUUAGAUGACGUCGAUUCGAUUCUUAGUGUUUGCGCUACACUGAAUCCGUUGCAAGUACAGAAGAUUCUAACCAUGUAUACACCAGCCAACGAAUAUGAGCCACGUGUCCCUAGUAAGGUCAUUCAAGCGGUAGUUGCCAAGGCAACAAAACAGAGCCCAGACCCCAGUUCACUGAUGAUGAACAUCCAAUUCACAUCUCCGGUAAACUUUCCUUUUUCGCCGUCUGCUGUUCAGUUCGAGAAACUUCAAAUUCCAACUGUUUUAAGGUUAAAAAAUGUCAAAAUAGUCUAGUAAAGAUCUCAACUAAAGUUUCCUAUAAAUUUUUAUAACCAGCUUAGAUAUAUCGAAGAGUUAUCCAUAGCAUAGUUUGAACCAGUGGUGUAACGCAGAAUUUAGCUCCUUAGUUCGAUAACUGAAGGCCCCUAAACAAAGCGACACCUAAAAGUUUUUUGAAAUCCAUGCUUUCAAGAUUUCACUCCGUUCAACCAGUUUUCCAAAUCAAUAGAAGCUAUAUUAUAGAAGCAUCUUACUCAACCGUCAACCUCAUCCCCCUCCCCCCUUCUCUACCUUAGUAAACGCAAAAAAAAUAAUUUACAUCCUGCAUUUGACACACACAUAUUCUUAAGAGGCCCUUUGCUAAAGCCCUACUAGUUGUCUGUCUUGCUCUACAUAACUGGAUGCAGCUUUCUUGCGGUCUCUUCCACAACGAAUCAGUUUUUGUCUCAAGGACCCAGGCCCCUGAAUUACGCCGCUGGUUUCAGUAUCAAUGUUUAGGGAGAAUAGAAUGAAACACUUUGUAGAAUUUUGUUCUAGUAGGUUUGGAACUCUCGAUAUUCAAACUCGAUCUGUUCUUUAUAUUCAUAUUUGCGUUCUCGAGAUUAUUCUUACCAAAUGUUAAUUCUUACUCGAUCAUCAAACAAUAAUUAUUACAUAGAAGAUUUUCAAGAGGUACAGAUGUAUGAUUAAAGAAUAGUUAGGCCCUAGUUGUCAAGUAAAAUCUAGUUUGCACAUCGGUAUCUUCAAAUUUGUUAUGCACAGAGCAUUCAUAUCAAUAUCCCCGCUAUUCUUGUA